ACAUUUUUGAUUUUUCAUAGUUUAUUUCUUCGCGAUAAUGUGUAAAUGAAGGGAAUUAUUCAGUUUUCUCUACUUUGAAUUACGCAACUAAACAUUGCCUAUAAAUUCUCAAAUCAAAAGUGCGUUAUAUAUAAGUUUGGCUUACACUCACAAAAAUGAAAAACCCUAUAGUAACGGUGAAGCAAGGACAGAUGAAAGGUACUGUGGAUGCCCUGUACAAUGGAGGCAGCUACUUGAGUUUCAAGGGUAUCCCUUAUGCUACACCCCCUAUAGGAGCACUUAGGUUUAAGGCUCCCCAACCACCAAAAGCAUGGUCUGGGAUCCAUGAUGCUUCACAACAUGGACCGAUAUGCCCUCAAGUUGACAUGCAGACUCUAGAGCUUCAAGCAGGAGAUGAGAACUGCCUCUUCCUAAAUGUAUACACUCCAUCACUCGAGUCUAAACUGCCUGUGAUGGUGUACUUCCACGGAGGUGGUUUCCUAUCCGGCUCGGGCAACAGUGAUAUGUACGGGCCGAGGUUCCUCCUUCAGAACAAUGUGAUUCUAGUCACAGUCAACUACAGGUUGGGCAUGCUAGGGUUUCUGUGUUUGGACACUUCUGAAUAUCCCGGCAAUGCAGGUAUGAAAGACCAGGUGGCGGCGCUGCGGUGGGUUCACCAGAAUAUCGCCAACUUCGGAGGUGAUCCGAACAACGUGACUUUAUUUGGCGAAAGCGCGGGCGCCGCGUCAGUCGCUUACCACCUAGUGUCGCCUAUGUCUAAUGGCCUAUUCCAUAAAGUCAUCUGCCAAAGUGGAGUAUGUACUGUAGAGUGGGCACGAGACAAGGGGGGCAGAGAAAGAGCGUUUCGGAUUGGAAAAUUAUUAGGAAAACACACACAAAGUGAAGCAGAACUCAUGGAGCAUUUAAACAGUAUUCCUGCUGUUGAUAUCGCCGCUAUGAGCUUGAAAAGUUCCACUAAAGAUGAAAGAUAUAGAGGUUUGCCUCUACAUUUUGUGCCUGUCGUUGAAAAAAAAAUUCAGGGCAACAAGGCAUUUCUAGACGAAGAUCCUUAUGACAUAUUAAAAUCGGGGAGAGUAAAAAACAUACCGGCGAUAAUCGGCUACAACUCCUCCGAAGGUCUGUUUAUGACGAUCAGAAAUUUGAAACGUCGCGAGUUUUACAACAAGUACCCAUCGUUUUUAGUACCCAGGGACAUGGCAGAGAAAGUAUCUACAGAAAAAAUGCAUGAAAUGGGUAAUAAAAUUAAGAAAUUCUACUUCGGAGAUGAAAUACAGGAAGACGAUGUUGAAAAUUUUUGUAAUUUGCUAUCAGAUCUGCAUUUCACGGUGCCAGCUCAAAGAUUUGCUAAUUUACUAUCACAAACUAAUCCUGUAUACAUGUACAGGUUCAAUUGUGAUACAGAACUGAACUUUAUAAAGACUUUACUAAAUGUGGCAGAGUAUAAGGGAGCUUGUCACGCCGACGACCUCUUCUAUAUAUUUGACAGCAAUUUAAACAAGGAUUUGUAUUUGGAAAACAAAGAGUUGAAGCACAUUGUCGAUAUGAUUGCUAAAUUGUGGACUGACUUCGCUAAGACUGGCAAUCCAACACCAGAAGAUUCGCUGUGGCCUCCAUACACAGAAAGUCAGUACCUCAGCAUAGACUCCACACUGUCGGUCCAGCGGCAGGCCGACGCGCGUAGGAUUCAGUUCUGGACGGACUUAGCGAGGGAUGUGCCGAAAAGCCGAUUGUAAAGGAAAUUAAUCUACGUAUUGAAGGGGGUUUGGGUCUAUAAUGUUGUUUUCAUAUAAUUUGUAACAAAUUAAAAUAUGAGAACUGGUGCUAAAAUAAGCGACUUGUGUAGCGACUCCGCUAGACAUAAUUGUUAUGUAGUUUAUAUUCUUAUAAAUUCUCUUUUGAUAUAAUGAAAUCGAAACCAAGCUUGCCCUGGUGAAACCGAAACUUAAAAGCUAGUGAGUAAAAAACGAAAAUAUGGUUCCAUCUUAUUUCCAUUAGAUGUCGCUACUAGUAAGUAUACGUUUUGAGGUUGGGUUGCACCAACUAACUUUAGCUAUA